AUGGCCUCCAUCCUUCGCCUCUUCGCGUUGUCCGCUGCUUUGGGCCAGGCAACUGCUACCUUCAAUCUCAAUACUUCCGGUCCUAGUUGGGCCUAUACAACCAAUGACUUAGCAGACACGACGUCGCAGGCUUGCAAGGACGCCUACAGCGCCAGUAUCAACUGCGAUGAAACCCUCCUCAAGAUCGUGGCGUCUAUGGAUCCUGACUUCGACCCACAGUCUUCGGACUUGAAGGCUACGUGCACCACAACAUGCAGUGAUUCAUUGUCCAAGUACGUCAAGAACGUCAAGGCUGCAUGUGACAAGGAUGGCGAUCUAGCCGGGAUUGACAACGGGAAUAAGGUUACUUAUGAGGCUCCCGUGGCCACCGUGGGCGAGGUUUUCCAGUACAAAUACGGCCAAUCUUGUGCCAAGAGCGGGUCUGAUUACUGCUACUUGACCUAUCCCGAGAGCGACGAUUGGGGCAAUACCGACUUCCCAUGUAGCGACGAGUGUGCAGUCGAGUUCUUCCGAAACGCACACGAGCAACCUGGCUCGGCAUAUUUCUUCAACUACUUCUCUCUUGGUAAUCAAUCAUCAUGGUGGGAGGAGACCUUUGCCGGUGGUUGGGAAACUGUCGUUCAAUGCGAUGGUGGAAGCGAUCACCAAAGCAGUUAUAUCUACGACCUUAACACCAACUGCAGCGAUGACAACCACGCCGGUUCGGUCUGCCUCUGA